CGGCGGGCGGAGUUGGGGUCCGGGCGGGAGCACCCCGCCCCGCCCCGCCGGCGCGUCCGGCUCCGCCUCCCUGGAAGACUAUUUAGCCCCGAGGUGCUGAGGCUCCGGCCCCAGCAGGGCUCCGACCGCCAGCUGACCGAGGAGGUUCACGCGCCACCGGCAGGAGACUCGCCCGCCCGCUUCGUGUCGCUUUGUGUUGGAGAGCCUCGCCGACCCACCGGCGCCAGCCCGCGCGCCCCGAGGUGCGGACGGAAGCGGUGGCUCAGCCUAGGGCCGCCCCCAACACCUGCCCGGCUCACUGCCCCCUCCGGCCCCGCCCUCAUGGCCCGGCUCUUGACGGUCACCCUCGGUUGCAUCAGCUUCCUCUACCUGCAGCUCCCAGGCGCGCUGUCCCUCGGCCUGGCCCGGAGCCGGCCGCCCGCGCGACCCAGGGAGCCCCCAGCCCGGACUCCUUCCAGUGGCUUGCAGUCCCGGCACCCUGCAGCCCGGUCUGUGGUCUGGAAGCUGCACCAGGCCCUCCAGCCCCAGAGGAGUGCCAGCCUGGCCCCUGCUAUGGGUCAGCCUCUCCGGAACGGCCCCCGCCGACACUUGGGUCCCCGCAGGCCCCGAGCCCAGCUCCUGCGUGUCGGCUGUGUGCUGGGCACCUGCCAGGUGCAGAACCUCAGCCACCGCCUAUGGCAGCUUGUCGGCUCAGCCGGCCCACACGACUCAGCCCCUGUGGACCCCAGCAGCCCUCACAGCUACGGCUGAGGCGCGGCGGGCCGUACCCCUGCCUGUCCCAGCUGGGAUGCUGCGCCCUAAUCCCGGAGCUGCAGCUGAGCCCCCAGCCCAGA